AUUGCAGAUUUUGGCAUGUCAAAAUGGCGCGUCAUAUCCAUGUCUCAAUCGCGAAGUGAAACCUCUUUACCAGAGGGAGGGACAAUUAUCUACAUGCCACCUGAAGAUUACAAUCCCAGUCAGAAAACCCGUGCAAGUGUAAAACAUGAUAUCUACAGUUAUGCAAUUAUUAUGUGGGAAGUGAUGUCAAGGAAACAGCCAUUUGAAGAAGUUAUAAACCCCUUGCAGAUAAUGUAUAGUGUGUCACAAGGGCAGCGACUAGACUUAAGUGAAGAAAGCUUAUCAAAGGACAUUCCUCAUCGAGUGCUCGUCGUAAGAUUGAUAGGAAGUGGAUGGGCACAAAACCCAGAUGAAAGACCAUCGUUCUUAAAAUGCUUAAUAGACCUUGAGCCAGUCCUGCGAACAUUUGAUGAAAUAGCUAUGCUGGAAGCAGUAAUUCUGUUAAAGAGAUCAAAGUCACUAUAUGAAUCACGGUGUAUGUACAAGAGUGAAAAGAAAGCAGAUGUGGAGCAGAUAUCUCUAAAUAUACCUCUGAAUCCCCAAGAGGAAACAUAUUCUGGCUCCGUACAAUGUGAUGCACUUCCCCUUCGGAGCAUCUCUCCAGAUAUAUCAAGAUUCAAGUCUAUUCCCAAGUGUAAUAUCCUCUCAUCAGGGACCAGUGGCAUGAAAGCAGACAAGACAAUUGACUUCACUGCUAUGAAGUAGGGCAUCAAAAAGUGUGCUGAGGUGCUUCAGAACUGGGGAUAUUCUGACGGAAGUUCUGGGGGUCUACAGUCUCUCAGCAGUCAGAGCACAGAUGAAAAUAUCUCUGUAACUCAGAGCGCCAAACUUCUUAUGCAUCCGUCCAGUUAUUUUUCCUCAUCUGACAAGAGUACUUCAGAAGCCUCAAAUUCUGCAUCAUGUGUGCUGCGGUCAUCUCCAAUUCCUUCAGAUUUUGUUUUGGAAACCAUACAACAGAAUGUAGCCCAUCAAUGGAUCCAAAGUAAAAGAGAAGAAAUUAUUGAUCAGAUGACUGAAGCAUGUUUGAAUCAGUCACUGGAUGCUCUUCUAUCAAGAUUUUUACUCAUGAAAGAAGAUUAUGAACUUAUAAGCACCAAACCUACAAGGACAUCAAAAGUCCGACAACUGCUUGAUACCUCAGAUAGUCAAGGAGAGGAAUUUGCAAGAAUUAUAAUACAAAAGUUGAAAGAUAACAAACAGCUAGGACUUCAACCUUAUCCAGACAUUUUAUCUAAUUCUCUAAGACUGCAACUUUAA